AGCGAAGAACAAAGUGAUAUCUAAAGAGCGAAAUAACUCUUUGACGUUACAAACGUCGUCCUUUUACCAAUCUACAAGUUUAAAGGACGCACGACCAUCUUUGCUUGCUUAUGGUAGACGCUGGAGGUUCUUCUCCUUCUCUUCUUCCUUCUCUCUUUAUUUCAAAGACGAUUAUAGACGAACGGUUAGGUAGUAGAGGAGAGACGACGCAUCGAGAGUUCGUCGAACGUUUCGAGGUCAGGGUCGGUCUUUCGAAGAAGAGACAGACAUGCGGUCGUGCAUGCACGAAGAUCGAAGGUCUUGGCACUUGGCGUUUAACCAAGACAUCCAUUGCACUCUAUAUUUAGCUGAUAUUGCCAUAGCGAGCUUUGCAGGAGGGAUGACGCGAGGGGUGUUUUAUAUUUCGAGGACGAUCGGGGGUCGUGACUUCGGUGCAGCCGCUCUCAGUGACUCAUUUCUCGCCUCCUUGAAUCUUGGGGCCUGGGUGGGGCCGGCUGGCUGGCCAGCCGGCCGGUCGAAACGUUCUUCCAACUACCGGCGGAAGUUCCUGCCUUCCUGCCUUCCUCCUGCUUACCUCUCAUCGCUCUGUCUCUCUCUCUUUUUUUUGUCUACCUUCGUGCGUUGUCUAUUCUUCUCACACAUUGUCUAUCAUUAAGAAGAUCUUAAGAAUAUUUGCGUUGUUAUACAUAAAUAUUUAUCGCUAUAAUCUUCAAGUAUAUUUAUCGACAAUAUAAGCGCGUUUAGUACUUGUGUUUAUUAUUUAGAAUGAACGUUGAAUCUAAUUUAUGUAGUAUUGUUAUUAUUUAAUUAGAUGCAAUCUUGAUUGGUAAAGUGUUUAAAAUCGAAAACAAAAACUAUAAGUAGCGUGUAGCUUGUUAUUACUCGAUAAGCCUUAAUGGAGAAGAAAGAAAAAUCGAAAGGGGACAAUCAUAAUGCAAAGUGCUGCACGUUACUUGUCACGGCUAAAAACAAUGCAGAGCAACGGUUCAGAGAAUAUGGGACCCGAAAAUGGCGUUGAAAAAUCUGGAUGGACGGUUGGAUUGAUUAAUGGAAAAUACAAGUACCUUACGGCUGAAACUUUUGGUUUCAAAAUCAAUGCCAAUGGAUCAAGUUUGAAAAAAAAACAAUUGUGGACUCUCGAAGGAAGCGAUCAACAAGUAUUUCUUCGUUCUCAUCUGGAUCGGUAUUUAGCCGUGGAUCAGUUUGGAAAUGUGACUUGCGAAACAGAAGAUGUUAAUGAUCCUGGCUGUGCUUUUCAAAUACAGAUGGCCUCUGAUGGAAGCGGACGUUGGGCUCUAAAGAAUAUCCAGAGAGGUUAUUUUCUAGGGUCUAGUCAAGAUGAGUUGAAAUGUACAGCUAAAGCUCCUGGUGAGCCAGAAUACUGGCUUGUACACCUUGCUGCCAGACCACAGGUAAAUCUUAGAUCGGCUGGAAGAAAACGUUUUGCUCAUUUAAGUGCAGCGCAAGAUGAAAUUCAUGUCGAUGCACCAGUACCAUGGGGCGAAGAUACUUUAUUUACUUUGGAAUUUCGUCCUGCAGCUAUGGCAGAUCAUGAUGAUGAUCAUGGAGAUCAUGUCAAAUCAGAAGGUGGACAUUAUGCCCUUCAUACUUGCAAUAAUAAAUAUCUUGCACGAGAUGGUAAAUUGUUAGAUAGUUGCACUAGAGAUUGUCUCUUUGCGGCAGAAUUUCAUGCAGGGCUACUUGCUCUCAGAGAUAUCAAUGGUGCAUACUUGGCACCAAUUGGAAGCAAGGCUGUAUUAAAGUCUAGAUCUACAACUGUAACGCGCGACGAACUCUUUUCUUUGGAAGAGUCUCUUCCACAGGCUUCCUUUGUUGCUGCUCUGAAUCAGCGAUAUGUUUCUGUAAAGCAAGGGGUCGAUGUAACUGCAAAUCAAGAUGAGAUUUCUGGUCAUGAAACAUUCCAACUAGAAUUUGAUCGUGUCACAAAACGAUGGUACGUACGUACCAUGCAGGAUCGUUAUUGGAGUUUGGAAGCCGGUGGUGGCAUUCAAGCUGCUGAUCACAAAAAAUCUUCAAAUGCUCUUUUUGAUCUUGUUUGGCAAGAGGAUGGCACAGUAGCAUUGCGUGCUAACAAUGGCAAAUUCGUAGCUACCAAACGUUCUGGCCAUCUUUAUGCAAAUGCUGAACUUACAAAUGGAAGUGAUUCAGAUGCUUGUAAAUAUUAUUUCUAUUUGAUAAAUAGACCAGUUUUAGUACUUCGUUGUGAGCAAGGCUUUGUGGGUCCUAAAAGUACAACUAGCCCCAAGCUUGAGUGCAAUAAAGCCAGUUAUGAGACAAUUCGGGUCGAACGAUGUGAACGUGAUAUUGUUAGAUUUAAAGGACAAAAUGGAAAAUAUUGGCAUGCAGAUAGUGAGGGAGUAACUGUGGAUUCUGAUGUACCAUCCGAUGGCUUUUACUUAGAAAUGCGCGAACCAUCUCGUCUUUGCAUUAAAUCUACUGAUGGUCGAUAUCUUACCGCAGGUAAAAACGGUGUUUUACGUUUAGGAGAAACAGAUUAUGAUUCUGCCACAAAAUGGGAAUUUUAAUGUGGCUGGUUUUGGAGAAACAUAAUCCAUCAGGUGUGAUUAUAUCUCAUCGUAUUUUUUACAUGGGAACGUAAGAACAAAAACUUUGUUCCUACUAUGUACUUAACCAAGAACAGUUUUGUAAACCUCACCGUAAAACGAAUUUACGACAUAUCGAUGGUAAACUAUCUUCAUGGGGCUACAAAAAAAGAUAUCGUAAAUUUGCAUAAAUCAAAGACUGACAGCUAUACUAACUGUGAAUUAUUAUGAGCCAAUCAUUAUUAUGAGCUUUUUUAUACGCAAUGCUUCAUUUUAUAUAAACUAUACAAUCAAUUUAUCGCGUAAUAAGCUUCACUAAAGUAAAUAAUUUCAAUUGCGUCAACGCACAUUGACAAUACAUAUUUGAUAUUUGAUAAAGUCGUGUAUUAAAAGUGAGGAUGUUCUUUGUGGGUCAUUUAUAAGAUAUCUUUAAUACAGCUUUCCAUUUUUAAUAGCAUAUAUGCAUAUAGAUUAUCCAUAAUUUAAAUUAAGGGAAGUAUAACAGUAUGAACGUUCAUAAAUUGGUCAUAGGCCAGUCUUUGUUCCAUUACUGUUCUCUACCAAAAGCAUAUAUAUAAGAAUACUAAAUUAUAUCCCAUUUUAAGUAAGCUAACAUAACAAUUUCAAACUGAAGAUAUUAAAUAUUUGUUUGUGACGCUAAAAUGUGAUGCAUUUUAUAUAACACAUUUUACAUUUAUAAUACUUAUUAUUUUUAAGAAAUUGUCAGUUCUCACAAAAAAUAGACCAAUAAUUUCUUUUUACUCGCAUAUCUUUAAACUCAAACUAAGGAUUAAUCUAUUUAGUAUUGUAUAAGUUCAAAAUUAUUAUUGAAAUUGACCAUAAGUAAUUCAAUAUUUAUAUAAAAAUUUAUAGCGUUUCAUCUUAUAAUAUGAGAAUUAUUCCUCCAAGUGCUAAAGAUUAUAAAUCUAUAAUUUUAUCUAACAAUUUAUUACUUGCGCACAAAUUUGUGUAGCUUUCAUAAAAAAGAUACUACUUUUUGAAUCCCUUAUUAAAGUUAACAAGUAUAAUAUCUAUAUCUUAUAGCAAUACCAUGAAAUCAAAUUUGAUGAAUACACUUGAGGAAAAAAUGAUGAUAUACUAAAAUGUAAUACGUAGGACUUACUUAUUGUCAUUGGUCAUCAAUUUAAACCUAUUAAGGACGAAUAUUGUAUAAUCAUGUAUUUUUAAUUGUCUAUGCAUUGCGCAAUAUAAAAAUUGUGUCUAUUUUUGCUAUUCAUUGUGUAAAAUUUUUACAAAUGUGCAGAUUUGUUUCUUUUUAAUUUUAAUUUUUUUUUCUUUUUUAAAUACUGUAAACAACUAUCGAUACUUUAAACUAAAAUCCCAUAAACAAUUAAUAAUUUUAUUAAGGAUUAUUAACAAGAAUGUAAUAAACAAUUUUAUAUUGACUGAAAAUAUUUUUUCUAUGAAAGAAAGCCCUAUUAUCAUUUUUCCCUUGAUUUGUUAGAAAACUCAUUAGAUGGGAGAACUAUUUAAUAUAUACAAUAAAUGAAUAUAUUAUAUAUUUUAAUUCUUUGUAAAUUGUCUAUCUCGUAAGCGUCAAUAUGGAAAAUAGGUUUUGAAGUACGUGACGAAGGAAUGAUACAUGUUUAAAGAUUACAACAUGAAAACUAUAAACUUCAUUUUACAUUACAAAGCUUGUUCUUACUUAUAAGGAAACAUAUUCUUCAAAUUAAAAAGUAUUCAAGAAACUACACUAAUACCAAAAGUAUUAAUAAUAAUAAUAAUAAUAAUAA